CCAGGCCAAGAUUGUACCAGAGGAUGGGUGAGAUAUAAGAGCAGCUGCUACUACUUUCAGAACUUCACAGAUAAAACCUGGUUGUCCAGCUUGGAAUUCUGUGCAUCCCAGGGAGCUCAGCUUGUUGUGAUUAAUGACAUGAAAGAGCUGCAUUUCCUACAAAGUGAGAUUGAAGACAAAGUGGUGUGGAUAGGAGUCACUUGGAACAGAAGCAUGAAUUGGACAUGGCUGAACAACAGCACUAAUGAUGUUCUGUUCUCAUUCAAGUUGGUGGAAACUCCCAGCAGAAACUGUGUCUAUCUUUCCAAGCUAAAAGCACAGAAAACAUCAUGCAUGAUCUCACUUAAUUGGAUUUGUAAGAAACAGCUUUAACUUCAAAAUAUUCUAUUUUCAUACCUUUGUCUCAAUGUUUUAACUGGUGAUUAAAUAAAUGUGUUCUUGGCUUACAGUAAAAAUAAAGAUACUGGACCCGCUUUCAUAUGAACACAAGUAAAUACAGAGUGAAUUCUUCAAAUCUGUGUGAACUUCAGGCUCAUUGACCGUCAGGCAGCCUGUUCUUGUUAGCACAUCCACCUCACUUGGAUAUACAGUAGGAGUUAAUACUAAAUAAUCAAUCAAUGGAGGUGAUAUAUGGGGUUAGGGAAUUCAAAGCAGUGCUUAUGAAGGAAAACAACAUUGUGAUGUUACUCUAAUACCCAAGAGCCAGUUUAUGCACUUACAUUUUGUGCCAAGGCAGGGCCCGAGAGUCACAGAGCUAACAUUUGAAGUUCAAAAAUAACUUUUUAGUCUCAUGAAGUGAUUUAAUUUUGAGUACAUUUUAAUUUAACUAUUCAAGGGUAUUUUUGUUAAUUGAAUGAAUUAAGACUGGUACCCAAUAUCUUUUUCAGUUGGAGAGCUGUUUCCUUCAGGGUAUCUUCUUAGAAGGUAUAGGAAUUGAGUCAAACUGAGAGGAAUGUCAUCCUCUACUUUUUCUGGCAGUUCAGUUUCUACAGCCGUAGUGAAUUUCAUUGCUGUACCCUUGUUGUUCUGUUAUCCAGCCAGCAAUGCCUUCACAGAAGCAAGUUUAGACUUAUUAUGGAGCUUCUCCUAGUAGAACUGAGUGGAGGUAACAACAGUCUUAUGCUGGAGGUGAAACCAAUCCUUCACACUCUCAUGUACUCUUGGCAGCCAAUUCUUUGUCAGCAGUCAAUUCUAAAAACUUUAUAAAUCAGAAAUAAAUGAACAAGGAUACUUAUAUCCUCCACCAUAGUAAUUCAACUUCUGUUUAAUCCCUUUAUUGUCCACUUAGAGACAAAAAGAUUUUCAGCAUUCAGCCGUUCAGUAUCAAAAGCAGACUGUGAUAGGUUAUGUUCAGUGUGUGAAAGCUCGUGAUUCUCCAAAGUCCCUAUAAAGACGAGUUUAUCACCUUGCUGUUUGCUUUGUACUCAAUAAUUAAGCUGUUUCAUUUUUUGUUAUUGAUACUGCAUUGAUUGAAUGUAGUAUCUAUGUCAAGAUCCCCUGUAAAAUGUCCCAUAUAAAAUAAAGAUUCACGGCUUUAAAUAGCAUUUUGUGAGAUUGACUGGAUAAAUAUCUAAAAAAAAA